UGAAAAAGAAAGAGACAACUUUUGUGUCCGUUUUACUGGCAAGAAUUACGCUGCUUGGGAAUUUCAAUUCAAAAUGUAUGUUAAAGGAAAAGGAUUAUGGAGUCACCUUGAUGGGGUUUCGAAGGCACCGAUAGAGAAAACUGCCUUAGAUGCGUGGGAAAUCAAAGAUGCUCAGAUUAUUUCUUGGAUUCUCAAUACUAUUGAUCCUCAUAUGAUCAAUAAUUUGCGCUCUUUUUCAACUGCUCAAGAAAUGUGGAACUAUUUGAAGCGUAUCUACAACCAAGACAAUACGGCCAAACGUUUUCAUUUGGAGCUAGAGUUAGCCAACUACAAACAAGGUAAUUUGUCAAUUCAAGAAUAUUAUUCUGAAUUUUUGAAUUUAUGGACAGAACACUCUGCUAUUCUAUUUGCUGCGGUUCCCAAGACUUCUCUCGCGGAUGUCCAAGCUGUGUACGACACUAGCAAGCGGGAUCAAUUUCUCAUGAAACUUCGUCCAGAAUUUGAGGUUGUUAGAGGUGCUUUGCUGAACAGAAAUCCUGUUCCUUCUUUGGAUACAUGUGUUGGUGAACUUCUCCGAGAGGAACAACGUCUCUUUACUCAAGGAACCAUGUCUCAUGAUGUUGUCACUUCUGAACCUGUUGCAUAUGCUGCUCAAAGCCGAGGUAAAGGUCGUGAUAUGCGACAAGUCCAAUGUUUCUCGUGUAAACAGUUUGGACAUGUCGCUCGUAGUUGUAAUAUGAAAUUUUGUAAUUAUUGCAAGAAGCACGGUCAUAUUAUCUCUGAUUGUCCCACGCGCCCUCCACGACCAACACAACAUUCUGUGCAGGCAUUCCAUGCCACUAAGAGCUCUGCAAUUGGUCCUUCCAUUCCUAGUGCCUCUAAUGGUGGUGCUCUACAGCCCGAAAUGAUUCAACAAAUGGUACUUUCUGCUCUUUCAGCCUUGGGAAUUCAGGGAGCAGGUGUCGGGGAAGGUGAUCGCGAAGGGGCCUAAAGUGGGAAGAUUGUUUCCACUUCAAUUUAUUUUCAAUCAUUUAUCUCUUGCUUGUAAUAGUGUUUUGAAUUCUUAUGAGGAUUGGCAUAGAAAAUUGGGUCAUCCAAACUCUAAUGUGUUGUCUCAUUUAGUUAAAACUGGUUUAUUGGGAAAUAAAAAUGUUGUUUCUAAUGCCUCUGUGCCAUGUUCUGUUUGCAAAUUGGCUAAAAGUAAAACACUU